AUGAAUUUCCUACGCACUGCUGCUCGUCGAUUUUCUACAAUGGAUCUCCCUGGAUCGUCUGUUCAAUGCUCGCCUUUCACCCAGGCCGUGGUGACCUCGAUGAGGAAGCUAUAUCCAGAGGCCUUGGCAGACAAGAGUUUUGAUAACACAGGAUUGCUCCUUGAAGCACCCUUCGAUUCCUCCCGGAGACAAAAGAACUCAGUUCUCCUAACCAUUGACCUCACAACAGCCGUUGCUGAUGAAGCCAUCAAGAACAGAAACUCGGCUGUCGUCGCAUACCACCCAAUCAUCUUCCGCGGCCUCAAGUCACUCACUCUGGCCGAUUCCCAACAACGGUCCCUCCUCCGCCUAGCACAGCAUGGUAUCAGCGUCUACUCCCCCCACACAGCGGUCGAUACCGUCCCCAACGGCAUGGCCGACUGGCUCUGCGACGUAGUGACCGGGAACUUCAAAGCCCCCAAGGAUUCCAAGGCAGUCCUCAAAACAUCCGAAUCAAGCAUGUACACUGCCCCAACAUAUCCGGAUUCUCCAAUCCCCACUGUCAACCCCAAGACCGAAGGCCCAGCCCACACCAGAAGCACGAUCCACCCCUCCCCGGCAGCGUCCAUCCCCGAAGGAUUCGAAUCCGCCGGUGCCGGCCGACUGGUGACAUUCAACGAAGCGCAGCCGCUGACCAGCCUGAUUGACAAUGUUGCCUACGGUAUCGGCCUGCCCGGCGGCAUUCCGAUCGCUGUCCCGCAAGGCAGCUCUGUCGACCGCAUCAACAUCAGUACAGUUGGCAUGUGCCCCGGUUCUGGAUCCAGCGUGCUCCUCCGCAGUGGCGAAAUCCCCGACCUUCUUUUGACCGGUGAGAUGAGCCACCACGAGGCUCUGGCUGCUACCGAGCGGGGCUCGGUUGUCACUCUCUCUCGCACACGAACUCCGAGCACCUGGGAUGCUACGGUUCAAAAUGAUGAGGAGGGUCAGCCUGAGGUCUUUGUUAGCGAAGCUGACCGUGAUCCUUACGGAAUUAUGAUCUGGCGAGGCAACUAG